CGAGCGGCCGGGGCGUGAGUGCGGGCGGCGAGCUGGCGGCGUACCCGAGCGCGUCCUUCCCGAGCCCGGUUCCGUGCGCGGACAUCGACACGCAGGUCGAGCUCUAGGCCGGGUCCGGGGGGGCACGCGCUGAGAUGAUGCUGAGAGGAAACCUGAAGCAAGUGCGCAUCGAGAAGAACCCGGCGCGCCUCCGCGCUCUAGAGUCGGCGGCCGGCGAGGGCGAGCCGGCGGCCAUGGCGCUCGCCCUUCCCGGCGAGCCGCCCGCGCCCGCCGUGCCCGCCGAGGACCGGCCGGCCGAGGAGGGCGGCUUCACCAUCGACAUCAAGAGCUUCCUCAAGCCGGGCGAGAAGACAUACACGCAGCGCUGCCGCCUCUUCGUGGGGAACCUGCCCACGGACAUCACCGAGGACGACUUCAAGCGGCUGUUUGAGCGCUACGGCGAGCCCAGCGAGGUGUUCAUCAACCGCGACCGCGGCUUCGGCUUCAUCCGCCUGGAGUCCAGAACACUGGCUGAAAUUGCAAAAGCAGAGCUGGACGGCACCAUUCUGAAGAGCAGACCUCUCCGAAUUCGUUUUGCUACACAUGGAGCAGCCUUAACUGUCAAGAACCUCUCUCCGGUUGUCUCCAAUGAGCUUCUGGAGCAAGCAUUUUCCCAGUUUGGUCCAGUAGAGAAAGCUGUGGUUGUCGUGGAUGACCGUGGUAGAGCUACAGGAAAAGGCUUUGUGGAAUUUGCAGCAAAACCUCCUGCACGAAAGGCUCUGGAGAGAUGUGGUGAUGGGGCAUUCUUGCUAACAACGACCCCUCGUCCAGUCAUUGUGGAGCCCAUGGAGCAGUUUGAUGAUGAAGAUGGCUUGCCAGAGAAGCUAAUGCAGAAAACUCAGCAGUAUCAUAAGGAAAGAGAACAGCCGCCGCGUUUUGCUCAGCCUGGGACAUUUGAAUUUGAGUAUGCAUCUCGCUGGAAGGCUCUGGAUGAAAUGGAGAAGCAGCAGCGCGAGCAGGUUGAUAGAAACAUCCGAGAAGCCAAAGAGAAACUGGAGGCGGAAAUGGAAGCGGCCCGGCACGAGCACCAGCUGAUGCUCAUGCGGCAAGAUUUAAUGAGGCGUCAAGAGGAACUCAGACGCUUAGAGGAACUCAGAAACCAAGAGCUGCAAAAACGGAAGCAAAUACAACUGAGGCAUGAAGAAGAGCACCGUCGUCGCGAAGAGGAAAUGAUCCGACACAGAGAACAGGAGGAGCUGAGGCGACAGCAGGAAGGCUUUAAGCCAAACUAUAUGGAAAAUAGAGAACAGGAAAUGAGAAUGGGUGAUAUGGGUCCCCGUGGAGCAAUAAACAUGGGAGAUGCGUUUAGCCCAGCACCUGCUGGUAACCAAGGUCCUCCUCCAAUGAUGGGUAUGAAUAUGAACAACAGAGGAACUAUACCUGGCCCACCAAUGGGUCCUGGUCCUGCCAUGGGGCCAGAAGGAGCUGCAAAUAUGGGAACUCCAAUGAUGCCAGAUAAUGGAGCAGUGGAGAAAAGAAAACAUGGAUGAAGCUACCUGAAAUUUGGUUUCCGGGGUGAACCGAAGUCGAGAGACAGGAAACGCUGGAGUCUCCCUUCAGCUGUGGUCCUGGGAGCCAGGAGCAUCAGCCUUUCCUGACAGCUGCUCGCAAGCUCUAGAAAAUUAACGUUGCGUCGCGGUUCUCAAAGCUGGUCCCUGGAUCCGCAUCACUGUCACCUGGAAACUUGUUGAAAAUGCAGAUUCCCAGCCCAGUAGCAAGGCUCUUCUGUACCAGGAGGGAGCAGUCAGGCCUGGAAAUCCCAGAUUUUGUUGGAAAGGAACACCGUCUGCAGUGGGGCUUCCCUGGUGGCGCAGUGGUUAAAUCCACCUGCCAAUGCAGGGGACAUGGCUUCGAGCCCUGGUCCGGGAAGAUCCCACAUGCUGCGAAGCAGCUAAGCCCGUAUGCCACGACUACUGAAGCCCACAUGCCUAGAGCCCGUGCUCUGCCAACAAGAGAAGCCACUGCACCGCAACGAAAAGGAGUUCCCGCUCGCCACAACUAGAGAAAAGCCCACACACAGCAACGAAGACCCAACGCAGCCAAAAAUAAAAUUUAUAAGACAAAAAGUUCACAAUGAAUAAAAAUCAAAAUUAUACUGUGAUUACCUAAAAUUAAACUAGGCAUAGAUACAACCAGUGUUAUUCAGUGUUUAUAUUUCGGUUUUUGAACCGUGCGCAGGCAUGCUUUUCUUUUUGAAUUCCCUAAAUUUCCUGUAAGUGAACAUUUGUAAUUAUAAUGACAUUAAAAGGCAUAAUAUUUACAUAGGAUGUUUCUUGUACCUAAGAAUUUAUCUUCAAAAUGUUAGUUCCAAGACUUGGUAAACAUAAUUUAAAGCACAGAUACCAAUUAAAACAAUUUAUGAUUAUGGAUUAUUGCCAUUUCCAGCAACUACAAUUAACAGAAGAAUUUAUGUCAUCUGUGCUUUUGAUUAGAAGACUGUACUCAGUAAUGAACUAUAGAAACUUACCAGGAAAACAGGGAGUUGAAAUUUAUCAUUUAAAACGACAGCUUGUACACUACACGGUCCACAGAGGCGAGCAAUGACCUCUUUACCCAGAAAGUUUGCGUGGAAAAUAAACAGCAGGAUGCCGGAGCCUGAAUUGGGGAGAUACAAAUAGAGAUUUUAAUUCCCCACCCGACAGGGCCACUUUGCAGAGCCUGAGGGAGGAGGCCCAUGCGGGUAGGAAGCGGCCCGUACCCCACCCUCGAUUGUAAGAUUUGAGCAGUCUUCCAGGUGCAAAACCUGCUGGUGUUUAUCUAGUGCUUUUCAGACCACAGAACCCUUUUUACUUUUAGUUUGAGUAGCUACUGACAGCUCAUCGGCAGGCUUUUUAAAUAUGCUUUUUCUACACUGAAGUUAUUUUUUUUAAGUGGUAUUUAAAAGUUCCAGCUGAAUGUAUAAAUGUCAAUGGAAGCGAAACCUGCAGACUGUGGUUUCUGAGUGUGGGUUUGAGGAAUUUUCCACUGUCUUCCACAUACUAUUUUGCCUUUUCUGAAUUUUCUUAUAAUGUGAAAAAAAUCUUAUUUUUUGAAAAAAAAAAGUUUGGGUAAGAUUUGAAGCUUUUGAACAUGCAAAAUAUUCUGCAAGAUUCAUUCUCUGAACAAAAACUUUACUUUUGAUAACAUAAAACAGAUACAUGAGUUGUUUUUUAAUAUGAUGUUAAAAACUUGCGAAUGAGGAGAUUUCAUAAAAAGACCCCUAAGAACGACUGGCUUUAAAAUGUGUCCUGGUUCCAGGAAAAAAGGGCACACCAGGCCCCUGGCUCUUAUCUCCUUUCAGGCUAUGUGAGGUUUGACAUAGGGUUUUGCUCUCCGUUUUAUGACGCAGCUUCCCUGCUUAGAGCACCGAGGAUGAGAGAAGAAAAGGUCCGCGGAGGAUAGAGGCUUGUUUUCCCCUCAGCUCCACUGUGAAAACGCAGCUGUGUUCCCGUGACUGUAGAGCAGAACAGGCAGUGGAACCUCGUCAGACAGCCUGUGGGGAUGGCCGUCCGCAGUGAAAUCCUAUUAGAAAACACUUUGACGAAGGUCAUGUUUCUAUUCCUGCCGACCACGGUGAGUGGUAUCCAGCAGAGGAAUGGUCGUCCUUCGUCAGCUCUACUCGGACUGAGAAAUACUUGAUCCAUACGGAGAAUAUGACACAACGGACCCUAAUCAAGUGCCUGGUGCUUGUUUCAUGGUAUCAGUAUAAUUGUUUCUCUUCAUUUCUUAAGAGCCACACACCCCUCAACAGACCAAGGUUAGUGUUUGUCAAACUUGAGUGCUUUCAGGUCACCCAAGAUCUCACCAAGGUGCUGGCUGAGAGUCCUGGUCUGGGUGAGGCUCUGAGAGGAGACCACACUCUGAGUCUCGAGGGUCAGGAAAAUCUACCAGGAUCUCACAUCUGAGGACGACAGGGCAUCUUUGGAAAAAACCGCUAGUGGAUGCAUACAUUGUGCACGUGCAAAAACAGCCAUACGUAACCCAGGACUGUCCAGCUGAACCGAAGCACUGGUGUGGAGGUGGGUGACCGGCCAGUUCACGGACUCAGCUCACCAGCUCAUGCCUGGCAGUGCAGACGGUCCACUUGGACUGUCAAGACCACAGUUCGCCAUCACUGAGAUGUUGUGAAUGGCUGGCUUUGACUGGUAGAGCUAUAUUUUCUUCAACUAAAUUUCCAUUAACAAAUAGGUAUUUUUCAAACAGGUGGGUUGUUUUUUUUUAAAAUAAAACAAGCCAGAACCCCGUUUCCUACCUUUCCUCCACUCUGUAUACGGAGCACCCGUGUCCUGGAGGAGGGGCCAUGGCCAUGGUCUCUACCUACCAAGUAGCUGUUAAGCAGAAACUAGGAAGCAGAACUGAAGUUCUAUCUCUUGCUACUAAACUGUACUAUGGGACAAGACGUUUUCAUUUUUCUUUGUCUUUUUAAAAGGGCAAGACUAUCAGUGAUAAUAAAAUUCAGGGAAAAUAUUGAUUUUGGGCUUAUCAUCUUGAAAGCUAAAUUUUAAUAAAAGUCAAUUUUAAUAAAACCUAGUAUAAUUAUUAAGAGUCAACUUGCAUACUUCUAAAACAAGUGCUAACACGCUGCUGUGUGGACCCCUUGGGGUCGCCUGGGAUGGUGAGUAUCAGCUGCGUUUCUUUUUUUCUGCCAGAGCAGCAGUGCUGUUAACUAUUGUACAUAAUUAUUACACAUAAUGGAAUUUGUUAAGGUUUUAUUAAAAGAAUAAAGAGUUCUGCCUGAAAA